AUUAUUAUUAUUAUUAUGUUACUCUUACCUUAAUCUUAGCUCUCGUUAUUGGCUGCCUGGCUGGCUAACAUGCGCCUUGAUAAUUAAAAGGGCAUUCCGAAUAGAAAGAGCAUAACCGCAACUACCCAUCACUUCGCCCCGGAUCCUUUUGUCAUCUCAAGAUGGGGCAAUCGUCAAAAUCAUCUCGGUUCUCGUCCCUUGCUAACGUACGCCCUGCGACAGUGGCGCAGGAUAAUCGACGACUCCCUCGUUGGGUUGGGUGGGCGCCGUGUCCCUGGGCGGGCGAGGUGAUGGGAGGCGGUGUGUGGGCGCUGCUCUCGCUGGUCCUGCUAACGUGGGCCGGCCUCCAGCAGCCGUCCGCGGCGGACCCCGACGACGAAGCCUGCCUGACCUACCUGAGCGAGUCGAUGGAGGACCCGAACAAGAGGCUCCAGAACUGGACGAGGGCCACCUUCAAGGAGCCCUGCUCCGGCUUCACCUCCUACCUCCAAGGCGCCACCUGCAACAAUGGCCGAAUCUACAAGCUCUCUCUCUCUAACCUCUCUCUAAGAGGCUCCAUCUCGCCCUUCCUCUCCAACUGCACCAAUCUCCAGGCCCUCGACCUCUCUUCCAACGCCCUCUCCGGCCCCAUCCCCGCCGCCCUCCACUCCCUCCUCAACCUCGCCGUCCUCAACCUCUCCGCCAACCGCCUCUCCGGCGAUAUCCCGCCGCAGCUCGCCCUCUGCGCCUACCUCAACGUCAUAGACCUACACGACAACCUCCUCUCCGGCGCCAUCCCGCCCCAGCUCGGCCUUCUCGCCCGGCUGUCGGUCUUCGACGUGUCCAACAACCGGCUCGCCGGUCCCAUCCCGCCGUCCCUGGGGAACCGUAGCGGCAACUUGCCCCGGUUCAAUGCCAGCUCUUACGCGGGAAACAAGGAUCUUUACGGGUACCCGUUGCCCCCAUUGAAGAACAGGGGGCUGUCGGUGUUGGCCAUUGUUGGGAUCGGAUUGGGCAGCGGAUUCAUGAGCUUGCUCCUCAGCUUCACCGCCGUUUGCUUGUGGUUGAGAGCCAGCGAGCAGAAGAGGGCCACUGAAGAAGCCAAGAUGAGCCAGUUCAUGCCUGAUUACUGACCCCAAAAAACCAUACGAAGGUGCCAUUUUCAUUCAUUGUUUUAUUGAAAUUUUCCCUUUCCUUUCCUCUGCUUUUCAUUCAAAUAUCAGAUUUGCUGUUAAUCUCUUGAUCUUCAUGUGACUCUCUCUCUCUCUCUCUCUCUCUCUCUCUCUCGUCAUUUAUCCAGAAAGGUGCCGCCUUUCUGGGUCAUUGAGCAGCAGCCCGUAGACAUAGAUUUCCACCAAAAGGGUAAAGAACACUAAAUCAAGUUAUAUUCAUUCAUGAAUUACAAAAUUCAAAAGCGUGUUCGGCCAAUCCGACAUCCAAAUCCAACCGAUUUCGUUGGUGGAUCUAUCAAUGUUCAUUUGGUUGCUCGGCCCUUCCAGUCGGGUUCAAAGUUCAAACUGUGAACUGGAAAUUUCUAAAUGUCUGGGCCGAAUAUGUUGGGCCGGCUGGAAGUGUCACGUGGGCUGCUAAAAUUGACCGCUUUUGGCCCAUUUUGUUUUUAAUAAAUUAUACUAAUAUAUGAAAACACUUUUUUUAUAUUAAUUAAUUACUGAUAAAAUAUAGGCCUCAGGUUAGGCAGAUUUUGACCCUUUAUUUUGUUAAGACUUUCUCCAUAUUUAAUAUGUUUUAAGUCUUUUAGAAUUUAUUUAUUAAAAAAUUGUAAUGUCAGUGACAGUGAUUAGUAGGAAUUAAAAUCAAAAGUCAAAACUCGAGUUCCAUGUGGUCCUGUGGCACUCCCAUUUGAGAAUAUGUAAUUAGAAGGUAGCCAUUAGUAAGGAUCAGUGUCCCUAAUCAUGCUUCUAAUUAAUUAAAUUAAUCUGCUUGCUUCUUAGUGGCACCAAGGAGAAAAAUCCAUUUCACCUUGGCAGAUCAUGAAUGUGGUCCUCAUGUCUAAUUAAUCAUCAGGUUAAGAAUUUUUGUUAAUUUCUUGAAGAUUAUUCAAUAAACAUGGUAUUAUAAAUAUUAAUUUGAAAUGAUGUGACCAUCCAACUGAUCAUUUUUGUUGAUUAUUGGUAAUCUUAUGUCAUAAGGUUAAUGGGUGUAAGUGGGGGAUUGAUUAGUGACUUUGCCAAUGAAGUAUUAAUAAGGUUCAAGAUUAGUCAUGCCCAUCUUGGAGUUCGGGAAGAAGAAAACAAAGAAAUAAUAUAAUCUAAUGUGGUUGCAA